UUCUUGUGUAGGUAUUUGCUGGUGGAAAUUUCAUUUGAGGACAACAAGAUUGAUGAAACUAUGUCAAGUCCAUGUAUCUAUGAACACGUCAAGAAUGCUGUACAAGAGGCCCAUGGGGACUAUGGAAGGGCUUGUCUUGCCCGAUCUUUAAGAGGUACACUUUCAAUUUAUUUGCUACCCAAGUUUACGUGAGCAAAGUCAGUUAAGGAGCAUAAAACUAUCUGUGCUUAGCUUUUUAAAAAAUAUACCCUUCUCCACCUCCCCUCUUCCACACUCAGGUGUUUUCUUUAAGAGGUCUUUUUACAGCUCCUUCUCUGCUUUGAUUGUUUUUAUUGUUUUCAAUUUUAGUUAAGUAUGUAAACCCAGUUACUGGGGUGGCCUUUAUUGGUUGCGGUAGAGAUAACUACAGGAUGCUUUGGUCAUCAAUCACCUUUAUCAAGAAGAUACAGAAUAAGCGAUGCAUGUGCCGAGUGCUUCAUGUAGGAGGUAAACCUUGUUACAUGUAUAGUAAAAUAAUUUUAUGGUCACAUGGUUGUCGUGCUUUGUGUUUAAAAAGCCAUACAGAACAAAUCCCCAGUCUUCUGCAUAGAUUACCCAAUUUCCUGGAUAUUAUAUAGCCACACUGACAAAAAACCUCUCUAACUUUUUGAGGGAAGUUUUGUUAGCUUAAAUAUCUUUGUAUGUUGUGUGCUGUUUCUUGUUGUUGUUGGGGGUGAUGGAAAUUUUUGCCAGAAAGGAUAAAAUUUUAGAUCCUCAAGGGCUGGUACCUUGAAAAGACUAUUUUAUAUUAUAUAUCCUUGUAACUCACAUUCGGUUCCUUUUUAGGGACGCUUCGGUCAUGUCAGAAAUUCGUCAUUCGUCACAAUAAAGAGCAAUUACUGCAGUUACUAGAGCAGUGUAAGACUCCAGGUAUGUUUAGAAGUCGUUAG